AAAUCAGGAAGUCUAGAAUCAUUCUCACAGUGAGUUGGUCCUUGUUGUUGUGUCUUACUCUGCUCAUCAACAUGGCUCUUCAUCUCAGUGUUCUUCUCAUCUUCACUGGACUCACAGGAAUUCACAGCAUAACUACAGUCAGUAAAGUGUCAGUGAAGGCUGGAGGCUCCAUCUCUAUCCCAUGUCUCUAUGAGCCAGAGUACACACACCAUGUCAAACACUUGUGUAAAGGAUCUAACUGGGGGUCCCGCUCCUGCAAAGUUAAAACUGAUCAACCAGACAGUUCAGGAAAGUUUUCAAUCUCUGAUGACAAACAACAAAGAAUUUUCACUGUGACUAUUAAUAAUCUGAUGAUGGACGACACUGAUUACUGGUGUGUUGUGGAGAUAAAUGACCUGAAAAGUGACGUGAAGCUUUUUCAGCUGUCAGUCACUGGAGGUUGGCCCCAACUCUUUGUGGAUCAUCAGGAGAUUACAGGAUUUAAUGGAGAAGAUGUAACCAUCCAUGGUUCCUAUAGUAACACUGGAGAGAUUGAGUGGUGCAGACUGGGAGGGUCCUGUGUGAAGGAACCGUCUGGAUCAAUAGAUGGAACAAGAGUGACCAUUAAUGCAAAUGUUUCCAAAGUUUUCACUGUGACUAUGAGUGGACUGAGGACAGAGAGCAGCGGCUGGUAUUUCUGUACCAAAGGACUCCUACAGAUGCCAGUGCAUGUGACUGUUAAAGAGAGACCCAGCACUACAACCAGACGUUUAACCACAUUUUCACCCACAGCUGAACCUGUGAAUCACACUGCUGUUUCUGCAUUUGGGGAACCUACCACAGUUCAGGGUGGGAACCACAGAGCUUCCAUUUACCCACUGACUUUCAUCAUCCCUUUGAGUUUGUUGAUCUUCAUUGUAAUGGUGGCCUCGUUCAUCUGGUUCAUGUUGAGAAGACACAAACAGACCAAAGCACCAGCAUCAGCUGCAACAGCGGUUGAAGAGGAAGUAUCAUACAGUGCUGUGGAGUUUAAGAGAAAAGCUCUUGUCAAGGUUGAAGCAGCAGAUGAGGAUGUUACAUACAGCACACUGGCUCUGCAGUAAAUGGAUAUCAGUGUUAUGAAUUCAAUUACAUUCAAUUAAAUUCAGUUUUAUUUGUAUAGUGCCAAUUCAUAACAGUAAAGAGAGAAGGACAGAACCAUAGACAAAGGUGCACAACAAUAAUCACUGACACUCCACUGUCUAUCUGGGCCUCAUUUUCUGAUUCUGAGACAUGAAGGUGCAGCAUUAGAGAGCAGAAGGAAUCAGGACAUCUUGUCACUCCAAAAUCUUUAUCAGCACAAUGACGCAGAGACUGACUUCUCUCUUAUACAUGUGAACAUAUUUAUUUUGUACAUAUAUGGCCUGGUAAUGAUUCAUCACCACAAAGUGAUGGAGGUGAUAACAGACAGUGUGACUUGCUGUUUAUUCCAAUGUGAUUAAUAAAUGUGUAUUAUAAUGUGUUAAA